AUGACGGCCGCCGACAUCGACUCGAAGAAGCGCAAGCGCAAGCACAAGGCCAAGAAGGGCGAGGAAGCUGAGCCCGUCAAAGCGCAUACCAAUGGCGCAGCAGCAGUAGAGAAACCCCGCAAGAAGUCGAAGAAGGAGCACACACCUGAGCCUGAAGUGGAAGAUGUUGUAGCGGAUGCGUCUGAGAAUGAUGUAGAGAGCGGCGCUGAGGAAGACGAGGAGCAAGUCAACGCUGAGCUCAAAGAGAUUGCCGCGAAGGCAAAGAAGGCAAAGAAAGCCAAGGCAGCUCAAGAUGAGGACGAAGAUGAGGAUGCGGCUGGAAGUGGCGCCAACGCACUCGCAGUAGCAGACCUGCCCUCUGGUACUUCGAUACCCACGGUGGACGAUCCGACCCGUUUUGACGAGCUGAACCUGUCCGAGCGUACAAUGGAGGCCAUCAAGACGAUGGGCUUCGAAACCGCAAAGACUGGUAGCGGAAAGACGCUUGCUUUCCUGAUCCCUGCCAUCGAGAUGCUGUCUUCCAUGCGAUUCAAGCCGCGCAACGGUACCGGUGUCAUUGUCGUGUCCCCUACCCGAGAACUCGCUCUACAAAUCUUCGGAGUCGCCCGCGAGCUCAUGGAGAAGCACUCGCAAACUUUUGGCAUUGUCAUUGGUGGCGCAAACAGGAGAGCAGAGGCUGAGAAGCUGGCUAAGGGUGUCAAUCUGCUUAUUGCGACUCCCGGACGUCUGUUAGACCACCUGCAUAACACACAAGGCUUCGUCUUCAAGAAUUUGAAGAGCUUGAUCAUUGAUGAAGCUGAUCGUAUUCUGGAAGUCGGAUUUGAAGACGAAAUGAGGAGUAUCAUCAAGAUUCUUCCCACAGACAGGCAGACAAUGCUCUUCUCCGCGACACAGACCACGAAGGUCGAGGACCUUGCGCGUAUAUCACUGAAGGCCGGCCCGUUGUACAUCAACGUGGACUACCGGAAAGAGCACUCGACUGUGGAGGGACUUGAACAAGGGUAUGUCAUCUGCGACUCGGACACACGCUUCAGGCUGCUAUUCAGCUUCCUCAAGAAGCACCAGAAGAAGAAGGUCAUUGUGUUCUUCUCGAGCUGUAAUUCGGUCAAGUUCUACGCCGAGCUGCUCAACUACAUUGAUUUACCGGUCUUGGAGCUACACGGCAAGCUCAAGCAACAGGCCCGGACGAAUAGGUUCUUCGAGUUCUGCAAUGCACAGUCUGGAACUUUGAUCUGUACAGAUGUUGCGGCACGAGGGUUGGAUAUCCCCGAGGUAGACUGGGUGAUUCAGUUCGACCCUCCGGAUGACCCGCGCGACUAUAUUCACCGUGUCGGUCGAACAGCGAGAGGUUCAGAGGGCAAGGGACGGAGUCUGAUGUUCCUGUUACCGUCCGAGAUUGGCUUCUUGAAGCUGCUCAAGGAGGCGAGGGUGCCGUUGGUGGAAUUUGAGUUACCAGCAAACAAGAUUCUGAACAUUCAGAGCCAACUGGAGGCGCUCAUUACGAAGAACUACUACCUCAACAAGUCUGCCAAGGACGGCUAUCGAUCUUAUCUGCAAGCGUAUGCAUCACACAGUCUGCGCUCCGUCUUCGAUGUGCACAAGCUCGAUCUCGUCAAGGUAGCAAAGAGCUUUGGUUUCUCGACACCACCGCGGAUAGACAUCUCGCUUGGCGCGAGUUUGAGCAGAGAUAAGAAGGUCGAGGGACGGAGAGAAUAUGGACGUCAGCCGCAGCAAGGAAGAAGGCCAAUGAAACCGAACAAACGGUUCUAG